UGCCCCACUGAACAGCAAGUUGCAGAAUUGGUCAGCUUUUGAUUUGUUAAUUGUUUUAAAAGGCCCUUUAUAAGGUCGGAUAUUGCGGCUUACGAUCGUGUUCUGCGCCCUUCCUGGUGCCCAUCUGCACCAGCAAUCCAAAAAGCCACGUAAAUAGGCCAACCACUGGGACACACAAAGAAGACGGAGACCAACUACGCAGAAGAGGAGGAACAAAAACAAUGUCGGAAACAUACGAUUACCUGUUCAAGUUCCUGAUAAUUGGCAGCGCAGGCAGUGGCAAAAGUUGUCUCUUGCAUCACUUCAUCGAGAGCAAGUUCAAGGACGACAGCUCGCACACCAUUGGCGUGGAGUUCGGCUCGCGGAUUGUGAACGUGGGUGGCAAAUCGGUGAAGCUGCAGAUAUGGGAUACGGCCGGACAGGAGAGAUUUCGCUCGGUGACAAGAUCCUACUACCGAGGAGCCGCCGGAGCGCUUCUGGUCUACGAUGCCACGUCGCGGGACUCCUUCAAUGCCCUCACGAACUGGCUGAAUGAUGCCCGCACCCUGGCCAGUCCGAACAUUGUGAUCCUCUUGGUGGGCAACAAGAAGGACUUGGAGGAGGCGCGGGAUGUGACUUUCCUGGAGGCCAGCACCUUUGCCCAGGAGAACGAGCUCAUCUUCCUGGAGACGAGCGCCAAAACGGGCGAGAACGUGGAGGAGGCCUUCCUCAAGUGCUCCAAGACCAUUCUGGCCAAGAUCGAGACCGGCGAACUGGAUCCCGAGCGCAUUGGUAGCGGCAUUCAGUACGGAGGAGCUGCCCUGCGCAACUUGCAGACGCGACAGCGCAGCAUCAACAAACCGGAUUGCACCUGUAGGGUUUAGAUUGCACUGUUUGUGUACUCCGGAUUGGCGAGCAAAUUAAUCUCUAUUUUAUCUCAAACCGGAAUGCGCACUCGCAUUCCUCUUUAGUUGUAUCUUGUACUUGUGUGUAUGUCCACAUUGUUUUAGUUCGUACUUUGUCUUGCUAGAUUAAUCAUUCCAAAUGUAAGCAUAAUGCUCUUCGGUUCGUUUUAACAUAAUCUUAACCUUUUCAAUUACCCUUGAUUUCGGGUUUCCCCCUCAAAACGUUACUUACAAUAAUUUUUAGUUUGUGAAGCACUGUAGAAGCCCUCGAACAACGAAAAUGUACGGCUGAUGCUGAUGGGCACAUGGAUCGGAUCGGAGGUGAGGAGAAUGCAGUCGGCAUUUUUAUUGUAAAUAAGUGGCGUUCCGUCGUUGACGACGUCGUCGAUUGUAAAUCUAACUAGAGCAUGCACGCGGUAAAUAAAAGCGCAAAAUAAUAA